AUGUGCCCACAAUGCUUCAGGGCCCACUUGCAUCCAGUGGUGAGUAUAAAACUAAAACAAAGACAACCAUGAUCGUGCCAAAUUUUUCUUUGACUCUGUUGGUAUUAUCAGCUAAAACUAUGUACAAACGGACAGGGUCAACAAUGUUUGGAGUUUUUAACCUCCGUGUUGGCAGUGGAGUGAACACGGAUGUAACAACUCCCAUCAAUGUUAGGGCCUGCAGUGCAUCGUGGGAAGGAUACAACCCAUAAAACUUUGAAGACCAUGUGUAAUCCGCGCGCGUGGCCCCGGCAAUUAAUGUUAGAAGAGGUUUGCAAACGGAUCCAACAUUGUUGCGCUACGCUUCGGCGAUCACAAAACAUAAGAAAUGUUGGGAGUUGUUGGCUCAAAACUUUGUUGGCCAACAAGGUUGCGUCCGUUUGAACGCGGAGCAAGGGAUGGCGGAGUGAUGAGAGAGUUCGCCUCCCACCAAUGUGGCCCGGGUUAAAAUCCCGGCGUCGAUGCCAUAAUGUGAGUUGAGUUCACUCUGAGAGGUUUUUCUCUGGGUAGUCCGCUUUUCCCCUCUCCUCAAAAACCAACAUUUCCAAAUACCAAUUCCACCAGGAAUCAGGUAAACGAAGAACCACUUUGUGGAUGUGCUAUCUCCAAAUCAUUAUUUAUUUAUUUUAUUUUAUUAUUUAUUUAUUAAUCAUAACUAUAAUAAAAUUCUCAAAUCUGAUUGGCUAUCAACUGCACUGAUUUCAGCCUUAAUAGGACGGUACGCGUCAUGCGUAAAUAAUUAGGCUGAUUUAGCAACAGAACGGGAAGGUAGGUUGACAGUGGUGCGCGCAAAUCAAACAACUGGCUUGACCAAAGGCUGAGCGGUAAAUUGGGCGCCAGAAGUCGAGUUUAGUCUUUUCUGCGCGAUUUCCCGUAGUCAAGUGACGUUCCCGUUCUGUCGCUAAAUCAGCCUAUUGGACAGUACGCGCCAUCACGCGCGCGAUUAAAUGGCUUGUUUUCACUGCUAGAGCAAAAGAUCGUGGAAUUUCUUGUGUUUUGAUUAACCGAAAGAGCCUUAUAUAUCACAAAUUUUGUCAAAAUUAUGAUAAAUUGGUAACAGAACUUCGUGUCGUCCAAUUCGGUCUGUAAUCAUACUCGUGAUUAAACAAAUCGUACUCCCGCUACGCGGUCAUCCUAUUUUGUUAAUCGUAUGAUUACAGACCGAAUUGGACUCCACUCAGUCCUGUUACCAUUACUUAUUUAUUUAUUUAAGUAUUUAUUUAUUUAACAUUUCGUGGCCUAACUCCUUUAGUGGUUGCCAAAUUGUUUUGUUUUCAGUUCUCCGACACAGCGUUGUACACUCAACUAUUGUACUUCUCCCGCUUGUUUGACUUCGAUCACGCGGUGAAAAAUUCAAAAACAGGUCAGUAUUUUGAGUAAGUGCCGAGUGUGAGUGAAAACGUUAUUUACCCACGGUAGUUUCAUCAAAUAACUUUACGGUAAACUAUCUGUUGUUCUCGAAAGCCGUGCUUAAGAAAUUCAAUUACAUAAAAAUAUGUUUAUAUCUAAAACUAAAGCGGCUAAGAAGAGAUCGCGCACUCUAUAAACUAAGAAAGGAGAGAAUUUAUAAUGGUUGACUGAGAUAGUAUGUACGACUUGAUCUUCCUCUUGAAUUUUGCAGAAAAGUCUCUUUCUUUGAACAAGAAGGGAGGGAACCCCAAAGCUCAACAGCCGCAAAAGCAAAACUAUUCUUAAAAUAGUUUGUUCUUGCUUUGGGCAGGUAGAAGGACAACUUAACCUUCAAGGGUUGACGUAAACCCAAGCGCCCAUUUCUUGCGUCAAGGCUUACGUUUCUCCUUACGUUCGCUUUUUACGCGUUUGAACGGGGACAACUCAAACGCAAGCACAAUUGCAAGGUGGAAAGGGCUCAACUGUCAUGUUUGGUUACAGAAUGAUCACGUGCCUUUUUGUAUGUCUGUGCCUGUGUUUGCGCUGGACGUGGGGACUUGUCUGCCUCGUUCCUAGGCGUCUCAAGUGUGUUGGGAAAACGGAACACGCGACUUCAAGCGAGAGUAUCGCACAAUGAACCAUGGGAACGUUGAGCGUUGACGCAAAGGACGUUGGAAAGGGUGAACGCCUUUCCCAUAAUACCAUGAUCCAGUCGCUCUCCAAUCCGCUAGAACGCGCCUGGGUACGAGGCAAGAAACUUGUGCUUCCGCUGGCAAAACAAAUAUUAAAUGUUUCCAAGGAAGUUGUAGAAAGUGCAACUUUUGUCCACACAAUAGAAUAAAAAAAAUCUUUAUUAUUAUUAUCAUUUACUCAUUUAUUUGAUUUGACCUUUAAACAAUCUGUUCAAAUUCUUUUCGUCUGUUUUUCUUAUUUUUAGCUGUGGGCGUAACACAGACUACGAAGUCAUUUUACAAAGCUGUGCACUCAGUGAUUACCAAAGUCCUAACUGCUAAUGGUUACUCUGAAGUGAACCUUUCGAAAUUGUUUAGUAGUUUCUUCGUGUAGAAACAGUGAAAAAGUUCAUUCCCCCCUAUUAGCCAAUCAAAAGCAAAGCCCAUAUCAGUGAUGCGUUGCGCGCGGUUGCCGCGCUUUGCACUUAUUGGUUGGUUAAGGCUAGUUUCUCUCAUGUGACUUUUCCACGAUUUCGUCUGAUUGCCAGUUUUCCGCUAGUCAGUCAGUUCCCCGCCUUAGCAACCUGGGCUGAGUUGCUCAAAGCAUGGUUAGCUUUAACCAUUGGUUAAGCAGUAUCAAAACCAAUACGUUGUCAAGGUAUUAAACGCUGGUUAACGCUAACC